CGAACACUCGGCGGUCAGCAGGCUACGCAUCGACAAAAACAACUUUAAAUUAAUAAUUUUUUACCGAUAGACCAUUAUGGCAUUGUCGUUUUUUUAAUGGCGACAUCGAUCAUAUUAUUAUAGUUGUAAGUUUGUUACAAGUUGUGUGUCCGUUAUUUAAGUCGUAUGCGCACCAUCAUCGAAAAACAAUAACAUUUCGAAUAAUAAUAUAAUAUUAAUAUCGUGUGUUGUCCUUGCACACGGUUGCGUCACACAUAUCAUUUUCUCAUUUCUGUUAGCGAACAGUUUCGUGUCUGGUGUUUYACACAACUGUCGUCGUCUGGCUUCCCAGUUUCCCACCCAAGCAACUAGCGGAAAGAAACCCCAAAACCAAAAGUGAUAGGUAUAUAUGCACCAAUCGCUCGAUCGAAGACAAGUGUCAAUUACUACCCGUGCACAUAAUCAAGUGGUACUACACAUUUGCCCAUUGAGCUUUUGAUACUUUAGAUUUUCGAACAAUGAACAAUGAAUGCUGAUGUCUGAAAACUUUUAAUUACGCAGCAGUUCAUAAAAUAAUUGAUAAACAAUGCCGCUCUUCUACAGUGUAGUAGCCAGAGGUAUGGUUGUACUAGCCAAGCAUGCCAACUAUCAGGGGAAUUUCGCAGAAAUUCUUGAAGGAGUCUUAAUCCAAAUUGGACCAGAAAACAAAAAACAAAGUUUACUACAUGACCGAUACUUGUAUCACUACAUUUGUGAAGAUCAAAUAGUUUAUAUGUGUAUCACAGAUGAUGAAUUCCAAAGAUCUAAAGCAUUUUUUUUCUUAAAUGAAAUAAAACGAAGAUUUCAAGCUACAUAUGGUCAACGAGCAUCCAAUGCUAUUGCAUAUUCCAUGAAUUCUGAGUUUGCUCCAAUACUUGCUUCUGAAAUGAAACGAUUUUCUAGUCCUAAUGAAUUUGAUACAUUAUCAAAAGUACAUGGAGAACUAGAUGAAUUAAAAGACAUAAUGGUUCGAAAUAUUGACAGUGUAGCUCUUCGCGGUGAAAAACUUGAAUUAUUGGUUAAUAAAACUGAAAACUUGUGUUCACAAUCCAUGAAUUUCAGAGUUCAAAGUCGUACWCUACGUCGUUCAUUAUUCUGGAAAAAUGUCAAAAUAUAUGUUUUAUUUAUAGCUAUAGGACUUGCUGUUAUUUAUUUCAUGACUGCUUUCUUUUGUGGAUCACUUGCUCUCAAUUGUAGUUAAUUUUCAUGAAAUUAUAAUAUUUGUUUUAUGUAUAAUUAUGCCAAUAAAACGUCUCAAAUUUUAUAUUUACAAGAAAAAUUCCAAUACCUAUGCUUAAAACGUAUUUUUACUUUAUUAUUGUAAAAUAUAUAAAAAWUUUUUUGUUAUAUCUUUUUAGUCAAUUG